CCUUUUCUGAUUUUAUUUUUCAACUGUCGUUAUCAAAAUGGGUUUCUCAUUAUUAUUUUCAUUUGUUAUUGUCGUUGGAAUAUAUAAUUGUUCUGAGGCUAGAGAGCCUGUAUGUUCUAAAUUUGCAUAUGAAGAACAGCUUUUAGAGAAAAUGAUAAGGACUGAAAUUAAGGUAGAAACAAUGGUGAAUGAAAUUAAGAAAACUGAGGAAAAUGUCAUCAGUACAUUAGGUGACAUUAAACGAGCAGUUGCUGAUUUUACGGACAUGUUUGCAGACAUGAAGGAGAACAUAACCGAUGAAAUAGAAAGGAGAGAAGAAUCCUUCAAGAAGUUAUUUGAGGAAACAAGAACAAACCUAACGAGUGACAUGGAAGCUAAAAGAGAAGAACUUACUCAAUUACAAGAAAAACUUGAACGACCUCCGAUUGUUUUCCAUGCACAUCACGUGGCAGAUAAGCUUCUUGAUAAAACAGAUGAGAUAAUUAUAUUUACGAAAAGUGUGAUUAACGAGGGAACAGGAUACGACACUUCUACUGGAAUAUUUACAGCACCUGUUGGAGGACUGUACCAGUUUUCUGUGCAUACAUGUGCUUAUAUUGGAAAAUAUGCCUUAAUUGGUCUAGUGUUAGAAGGUAAAGUUAUUGCAGCUGAUAUGAACUAUGAUAAAUAUUAUCAUACCUGUAAUACUGUUGCAGCAAUAGUGAGAGUAAGAUCAGGAGAAAAAGUUUGGGUCAAAUCAACAGCGUCAGGUUCAGUCCAUCAGCUUUUACAAAACGCAGACGCGAUGAACACAUUUAGUGGACUGCUUCUCAAUAACUAAAUGAAUGAAUAAAUUCAACAUUGAUAUCAGUAAAAGUCCUUUUUCUAUAUUUGUAUUUGACUUCACAUAACAACGUUUUUGUGCAAAUUGUUUCAUUUAUCAAACAAAUUAAUAGCUUUUUCAUGAAAUAAGUAGAAAUUCUAGGUUGUUUCUAAAAUAUAUGUAGAAGUUAUAAAGAAUAUUAAUCAUGUA